AAUCGCGCCUCAGUCCAUCUAGAGGCGGAAGUGACGACUGCUUCGUAGCCAUCGUCCGCUGCUGCGAGGCUGAAGUCGGGGUGGAUUGUUCUUCUGGAGCCGCUGGUCCGUCACUUCUCAGGUAUCUCCGAGAGCGCAGCAAGGCUGAACUGUAAAGAAUGGAAGCUCAUACAUCUGCCGACAUGUUUUCAAAAGUCCUGGAAAAUCAGUUGCUUCAGACCACUAAACUAGUGGAAGAACGUUUGGAUGCUGAAAUUCAGAAAAUGGACCAGAUGGACGAGGAUGAACUGGAACUUCUCAAAGAAAAGAGACUUAAGGCCCUAAAGAAAGCUCAGCAGCAGAAACAAGAAUGGCUUUCAAAAGGACAUGGGGAAUACAGAGAAAUCCCUAGUGAGAGAGACUUCUUUCAAGAAGUCAAGGAGAGUAAAAAUGUGGUUUGCCAUUUCUACAGAGAUUCCACAUUCAGGUGUAAAAUACUAGACAAACAUUUAGCGAUAUUGUCCAAGAAACACCUGGAGACCAAAUUUUUGAAGCUGAAUGUGGAAAAAGCACCUUUCCUUUGCGAGAGACUGAAGAUCAAAGUCAUCCCCACACUAGCACUGGUGAAAGAUGGGAAAACGCAAGAUUACGUCACUGGGUUUACUGACCUGGGAAAUACAGAUGACUUCACCACGGAGACUUUAGAGUGGAGGCUUGGUUGCUCUGAUAUUAUCAAUUACAGUGGAAAUUUAAUGGAGCCACCAUUUCAGAGCCAAAAGAAAAUUGGAACAAACUUCACAAAGCUGGAAAAAAAAACUAUCCGAGGAAAGAAAUAUGAUUCGGACUCUGAUGAUGAUGAUUAGGGAGCAGUUAUAAUUCUUUGUAAAUUGUCUUUUUAUUUCUGCUUAUUUUAGAAUUAGAUGUGUUUUCUAAGUUUUUUUUUUGUUGGUUUUGAUCCAUUGGUCUUCUAAUGGUCAUAUUCUAGUUUUAUACAGUUGCAUCACAUUGAAAGACAUCUUUAAUAUUUUCUGUGUGGAGCUCACGAUUAAAUGGAGGGAAACUGCUGAAUUCUUAAAUUAUCUGGGUGGGAUCUGAAUUCUCUAUUUUUGCAAUUGCUUUUAUCACAAUAUGAUUUUCACGCCUUUAUACCAUUGACAGUUGUGUUUUUAAUUCACUGGAUUGGAAACAAUUCAAGGAACUAUUUCAGGACUAAUUCACAUGCAUUAUUUACUUUAUACAACAGGUCAAGUAACAGUUACUGGUGUAACAGACUGCACUUGUAAAUGAAUGAUAAACACUUCAUGUCUGGAAUAUGUUUGCCUAACUUAAAGAACUGCUUAUUUA